UCAGUUGUUGAGUCACAGCUCAACGGUUCACUACUGUUAUCUAAACCUUUGAACCGGUCCUGAGCUGUUUUACACUAAUCUAAUCUUAUCUGACCACGUCUAGUGAAUUUAUAAUGUUCACAGUGGUUGUAUUGUAUCUUUAAAUGAGUAUUUAUAAUAUAUGAAUGUUAUAUAUCUCUCAUAAUAAGUUUAGUAUUACAGGAGUGCGGACUUGUUUGCAAAGGCAACAAAGUACAUACGUAUAUAAAAGUACUGAUUUCUAAACGUUAAUAUUUCCAUGUUGGGAAUCAUAUUUCUACUUAUUAUCCUUGCAAUAGCAUAUAAAGUAUGGUCAUCACAAAACAAGGAGCCACCUCAAAUACCUCGCUUGGACCCUCAGGAGUGGUGGGGACCCAAUGAACUUAAAGGAAAAGAGGACAAAAGCAUCAGACCCUUCCAAGUGCAAUUUACUGAUGAGAUGAUAAAUGACCUUAAAAAUCGUUUGAAGAAUCGUCGUCCGUUCACGCCGCCUCUAGAGGGCGUUGGCUUCGAAUACGGGUUCAAUACGAAAUCUAUUGACUACUGGCUGAACUACUGGGCUGAGGAGUAUCCGUUCAAAGAACGGGAGGCUUUCUUCAACAAGUUCCCGCAUUACAAGACCAAUAUCCAGGGUCUGGAUAUACAUUUCAUCAGGGUCAAACCUCAGGUGCCGUCAAAUGUAGAAGUACUACCCCUACUGAUAAUGCACGGGUGGCCGGGCUCCGUGCGGGAGUUCUACGAAGCUAUACCUUUACUCACACAACGAGCCCCAGGCUACAACUUUGCGUUUGAAGUCAUAGUUCCUAGCUUACCUGGAUAUGGAUUCUCUGAUGCGGCAGUUCGUCCUGGUCUGGCAACGCCGCGGAUAGCUGUGAUUUUCAAGAACUUGAUGAGUAGACUUGGCUUUGACAAGUUCUAUUUACAAGGCGGUGACUGGGGCGCCGGUAUUGGCGCAUCUAUGGUCACACUCUUCCCUGAUGUUGUUUUAGGUUACCACACUAAUAUGGCCAUGGCUCAAAACGGAAAGUCUGCGCUUAAAACAAUAUUAGGGGCGUAUUUGCCUUCAUUAGUGGUAGAGAAGCAUCUAGCAAGCCGCAUGUAUCCUCUGUCUUCUAUCUUCGCGUUCUUUAUGGAAGAAUUCGGUUAUUUCCAUCUGCAGGCGACUAAACCUGAUACAAUUGGUGUAGGCUUAACUGAUUCUCCAUCUGGUCUUCUGGCUUACAUCCUUGAGAAGUUCUUCUUGUGGACGCGUCGCGAGCAUCGUAACAAAGUCGACGGCGGCCACGGGUUUCGGUUUACUAAAGAACAGCUCAUUGAUUGCCUCAUGGUCUACUGGACUACUGGCUGCAUCACUACAUCCAUGAGACUGUAUGCUGAAGAUUUAAGCAAGAAAAAUCGAGAUCUGGGAUUGAGUAACUUUACAACACCGGUGCCAACAUGGGCGUUCCAAGCGAAAACCGAAAUAAUAUACCAGCCUCCCGGCAUUCUAAAGACGAAAUUCAUCAAUCUGUUGGGAACCACAGUUUUAGAAGAUGGCGGACAUUUCCUCGCAUUUGAAUUACCUCAGAUAUUUGCUGAUGAUAUUUUCAAAGCUGUAGACGCUUUUAGAAACUGGCGCAAAUAAGCUACUUUUAUUAUUAAGUUUUA